AUGCAAACAUCGACUACAAAACAGACUUCUUUGACAUUGAUGACGCCUGCUAUGCUUUUUAUCAAAGGAGAACACUGGAUUCUCGGAGGAUAUUACAUCGAGCGGCAAAUGGUCAAAUUUGACGCUGACAGUUGCGAACUCAAUCUUCAGUCGAGUUUGCUGGAGAUUGGACAUAUUGACGGAAUGUGGGGCUCUUGCGCGGUUUAUAAUGACUUGGCUCAUUUGUGCUUCGACGAAGAGGGUGUUGUUUUGGGUUUCAUUUUCGAACUAUAUGAGUUCAGCUGCCAGACUUUUGAUGGUGAAAAUCAAAGUGUCAUCGAUGCGAAAACAGCCUAUCCUCAUGAUUGGGCGAGCAUGGCAGUUUAUAACGAUAAAAUGUGGGUUGUCGGAGGAUGCGACCCUGGUGAAUUCGAAUGCACGAAUAAAGUGGAAUCUUACGAUGGCACCUCAUGGCAACUGGGAACCGAUCAUCCCACACCAGAACUAAAGGGCCACUUAGUGAUGGCCGAAUCACAUGGUCUUUAUGGUUACAAUGGCCAAACAGUUCAUCGAUUCAACGGCUCGGUCUGGACAGUUCUUGGAAGAAUGUCCGAUGCGCAACAGAGCUACGAUGAUGUCAACUCAGGCAAAAUCGUCAACGGAUAUGCUUACGCGGGCACAGAUGCGAUCGACAGGAUAAAUAUGAGUGAGAGCUACUUCUACUCUGUUAGCUUGGGAAAAGAUCCUGAUGGCAGGGACUUUUGGCUCUACUAUUCACCGAUGAUUUUGGUCGAAGGACCGCUUUGUGGAGCUUGA